CACUCACACUUAUACACACCGUGCCGUAACUUUUCAGUUUUCAGUAGUCUCGUGGCCGUGUCGCCGGUGCGGUGUGCGCGCGUGUCUCGUCGUUCCGUAUCGCGAGCGCGUGUCUUACGUUUUUUUUUCAAAUACGUGUUUUCCGAUUUUCUUUCGUUUCUCCACAAACGAUAAUAUCCUCGUCUCGGCCGCCCGUGGUAGUAGUGCGGAGCGACACAGGUUUCGCAGGUGUUGGUGACGUCGUCGUCGUCCACAACGCGGCCGUGCAACGCACCACCACCGAUGCCGGCGCACGCGGUACCUUCGUCGCUGCCGCUGUUGUUGCCACCGCCGCCGGUCGUCCAAUACGCCCCCGCGGAACCACGGUUCCGGCGGUGCGUUCGCAAGUUCUUCGCGCACCUGUUCAGCAAUCUGGGCCUGUUCGGGCUGGUGGCCGGUUACGUGAUCGUCGGCGCUUUCGUGUUCCGUUUCCUGGAGGCCGGAAACGAGCGGCAACAGCGGGACCGCAUCGGCCGGCUCAAGAACGACUGCUUGGGCGAGCUAUGGAACAUUACAGUGAGAAUGCACGUGUUACACGAAUUAAAUUGGACGAAAUUAGUAUACGAACCUCUGCACAAGUUUGAGACUCAGAUCAUAUCAACGAAAAACAUACAAGGAUACGACAGCAAGAACACCGAACAGUGGUCAUUAACAGGCGCGCUAUUAUACUCGGUCACAGUUAUCACAACAAUCGGCUACGGUAAUUUGGCACCAAAAACACCAGAAGGCAAAAUCGUAACUAUGGUGUACGCAUUAUUCGGCGUGCCACUAAUGUUGCUGUGCAUAUCCAAUCUGGGGUCCCUGUUGGCCGGCACUUUCCAGUUCGCGUACUCCCAUUCGUGCUGUUUCUCCAAGAGGAAAUCGGAAAAUCGGCGGGAAAAGUUGUCGAAAAAAUCAUCUUCAGCUGUAAACGCGGGGUCGGUGCAACACACUCCACCUCCGAAACAGUACAACGCGAGCCACCACCAAAAGGCAGAAUUGUCACCGAGAUCACGAAGACAGCAAAUAGGUGGCAGCGGAGGAAAACCGGUGUACCGUUUGACAUCCGAAGCCAAACACGUCCUGUGCGAAUGUGCAGAGUAUCAACUGGCAAACUCACCAACACACGACCACGUGGCUGCACACAUCCUCAGACAACUGGGCGAUCGUCCGGACUUGCCAACGACGGCUGCGAAACACGACGAAUACGCGUACGACGACGGUAUCGGCGAUGGGGAAAACAACGAGGACUGUUACCAGUGCCAAAUGUACAGUGGAGCACACGGGACGCCCAGCCGAGUGCCGCUCUUAAGCGGCAACCGUCAACAGCAGCGGAGGCGUGGUGGUGCGGACAAGGACCGGCGACAAAACACCACGCCCGCCGCCAUCGCCUCCGAACACUAUCACCGCGAGGUUGCUGCGGCGGCGGCGGCUGCUGCUGCGGCCGCAGUGGCCGCGACCAACAGCAAGCGGCCGAACAAGAGGCGCAACGGCGCACCACCCGGCGUACCGGUGGCCCUGGUGUUGCUCGUGUUGGCCGGUUACAUUUGUCUGGGCGCGGCCGUGUUCGCCGCAUGGGAGGGCUGGACGUUCAUCGACGGCGCGUACUUCUGCUUCGUCACGCUGUCCACAAUUGGGUUCGGCGACCUGGUACCGGGCAAAUCGUUCCAGGGCACCGACACUCAAAACGGACAGCUUCAGCUGGUCGCGUGCUGCGGUUACCUGCUGUUCGGCCUGGUCCUGAUCGCCAUGUCGUUCUCGCUCGUCCAGGAGGAGGUGGUGUCCAAAUGCCGGCACGCUGCCCGCUACGUGGGCCUACUCAAACAGCCGCCCAGGCCCGGCACCCAGCCGUACGCCUUGUAAUAAGACAUCACCGGUUCGCCUGCAGCCCUCAUCUUCCACCCAUAUUUAUCAACCUUUCUCGUUACGCAUUUAAAAAACCAAAAUUGUAAAACAUGUUCAAAACAUUAUUCACGCGUCACGAUGAACACCCGACCACGACGACAGCAUAUUAUUAUUAUGCACGACGAGCACAGAACAAUUCCUCUCACUUUUGAAUUUCCAAACAAAACCAAUAGCUUUUUGUGCACCGUUCGUGCCGAUUUCUAUAAAAAAAUCCAACAAAUGUACUUUUGAGCUUUUCGGGACACUGUUGUUUUUUCUUAGGGGGCGUGGGGGUUUAAUGAUAAUCACCCCUUAUAAGUGAUAAUGUAUUGAAUGAUAAUAUUAUAACGGAAUGAGUAUAUCGACCGUCAAACCGUUACCAACAGAAUCACUGGAUCAAUCGGUACCGCGUGCAUAAAGUUAAUAAUAUAAUAACAUUACAAUAUACGAUUAUUAAUUUUAUUAUUAUUAUUUACAAUCCCGUGACGUUAGCUCGAAGUAUGCAUCAGUACCCUCCUUAUAUUAUACGAAAUAGUGAAAACGAUCGUAUAAAAACGAUUCCCAUGACGAACGAUUUCCUAGUAUCUUUUUACUAGCGCUCUAUCUCACUCUCUGUACUCAAUCAAUCUCCCAAACACCGCGCAUUUAGGUAUACCCAAAACAACAUGUUGUCUAUAUACACACCUGUUGUCACAGGGAUUUAUAUCUGAAUGCGCAUACGUUUUUGGAAUCGUCUCCAUAUCAUUAGUACAUUGUAUAAUUUACACGUACAUAUAGUUCCCAAACGUCGUUGGGGCAAUUCAACGAUUUGUUUAAAAGUUUUAAUAAACGAAAAUCACUUAAAAGUCAUAUAUCAUAAUAUUAUACUUGUGGCACGCUGUGUAAAUUAUCAGAAUGCGUUGGUCCAGCCCAAGUAGACUAUUAAUACUUUUCCAGCAACCCAAAGUGUAACAAAUAUACUACCGGCAUAAUAUAGCCUGUUAUACUAUUAAUAUUGUGUUCUGCCCGUUACUCCGUUCUAUACUAAAUAUGUCUGUUUGAAAUUUUCCUCCGAAUGAAAGAAUACACCAUCUACGUCACAUAAUAUUGCAAAUGACAUUUAUAAGUUUAAAAAAGUUGAUUUAUUAUAAUAUUAUUGUGUCUUGUUGAUAUUUUUAAAACGAAUUUUGUUCUUUGUGUAUAAAAUAUUAUAAAACCAAAAUAGAUGACUAAACUUUGAUUCUUAUUUAUUCCCGUACCAAACAAAAAUUUAAAAACCUCGUACCAUUAUAAAAAUGACAUUUUCUAGUCAAAUGUACCUAUAUAAUAAUUAUUAUAUUAUUGAAAAUGUAUAUUAUUUUAAGUAUAAAUUAUUAUUUUUAACUAAAUAUUUAUACAUACUAUAAUAAUAUAUCAUAAUAACAUUAUACCUAUUAUAUAAGCUAUAAAUUAUACUAUAAAGUAUGUUAUAUGAUAUUAUCUUGUAACCGUAUAUAAUUAAUUGAAAACACAUUGUAAAUGUUUUCAAUCAUCUAUAUUGAUAAAGUUGUAAAUAAAAUAUGUUUUAUUUUAAAUAAUUCAAUAUUGUGCCGGCACUUGGAAUUGCGGUGAAUAACUGUUCACAAGUAGGCAGCUACUAGGUAUAAACCUACUUAUCUACGUACCUAAAUACGCAUAUUAUUUCAAAUUUCGAUAAUGACCGAUUAAUUUGUCAUGUUUUUUUUUUUUUAAUUUUUCGUUAGAAGCACCUGGGGAAUCGGCAUACUAUUAAAACGGAAGAUGUACAAAGCUUAUAUUG